AUGAACAUUUGUUGAGCCCGGCAAAGAAUGACGUGGACUAAUUUUUUGUGAGGAUUGACAGAGAGUUGAUACAUUGUGCUUCAGUCGGCAGUGAUACAUGCAGAGGAUGACACGAAAUAUGUCCCCGCGUCAGCUUUUUGACUCGUGUAGCUUUUUUGUUAGUGUAAUGAAACAGUUGAAAAAAUUGAUUCUGCUCUUACAGAGCACUCUGAACGCAGUUUUGCAGUCUCCUCAGUACGUAACGAAAUUUUACAGUGGGAUCCUCUAAAGUGACUUAAAUAAGUUGUGAGAAAAAUCGGAAGAUCAGGCAGAAAUAGGAACUCGGUUUCAGCAACUGUUUUUGCCGGGGGAUUGCAUGUUCAUCAAUUCGGAUGUUUUUAUGUUCUGUAUCAAAAAGUUCAGCAAUAUUGUUUUUGCGACAGUUUUGACAUUGAACCUCUUGGUCGCGUCGGGGAAGACAACGCUGAAAAAAACGUCACCAAUGAAGAGGCUCUUCCGAUGCUCGUGUUUCCCGACACGUUCUCGCUCCUCCGAAUCCAAAAAUGUGGCGGCUCCAUCACCGCCGAAGCGACAGCUGAGCCAAAGCCCCGACAAAAGUCCAUCGAGAGAAGUGCCCAUCCAGUCGGAGUCAGACACGAGUGAUGUGGACGUGUGGCACGAAUAUCCGAACCCGUUCGCUGAUUUUGUUAUGAUAACAAUGCUCAAGUUCAAGGAGGGUGAUGUCCUCUUCACCCAGCAAGGGAGGACACUCGUGGCCAUCUCGGAAACCAAGCUCGCCCAGGUUCUCGCCGGGAAAAGGUGUUGGUCAUGGACUGCCAUCAUAACACGCAACAAGAGAGAGUGUACUUGCCCAACCACUGAUCCAGUCAAGCUAUCAAGUAUGUCUAAAGUUUAUCUGGCAAUACUACUCUUCCUGAAUUUCAAAAACUUGGACGGUCGCAAACCUCAGCAAGAACCUAUUGCCACUUUCCAACGUAUGAGCAGCCUUAGUUUUGAAAGGGGGAACGUUCUGGAGACAACAUCUGGAGACCUCUUCCUCGCAGUAAGCAAUGAAGAACUAGUUUUUGUUCGAGGUGGCUUGAGAGAAAUUUUUACCGGAACAACUACAGUCCAACUUAUUCCCGCGAAUGACGUCAAGAAAAACCGUCGCCUGAAAGUUCGCCUCAAAAAUGUCCAUUCGUAUUUCUUCGAACGAGACAAGAGUAUUGCCCUCGCAAAAAAACUCAUCGAUAAAAAACUGCCUUUCGGCUGGCUACGGUGCAAUAAGAAACAUUACUGGGAUUACAUUCUUAAUUCUACAACACACACAACAACGCUGUUCAAAUACUGUCCUUUGACGCGUUAUUUAAAGAACACUCCAAUCAAGGAGAUAGAGGGCGAAGAUUUUUUCCUCGAAAAUGCUUACUGGAAAAAAAUUUAUAUAAAAGAUUUGCCGGCAUUUUCGUCAAAUUCUAAAACAACUGUUGCACUGAACGCAAGCUCGCGAACAAGUAAAUGUGAAUCUGAUAAAUCUGUAGUUUACCGUUAGUUUUUAAGAUGUUUUACUCAACAUUCAUCCCGAAUUUUAUUUCUUCAUUCGCUGAUAUUUUAGGUAUACCAUUAUUUCACGCGUUCAA